AUGCGACCUGCGGCGAGGCUGUUCUAUGCAGCCGUAUUUGCAUUUGGGGGCCUAAGUAAUGCCAGCCAUAAUGGCACUCCGUUGGAUCCAACCAAGUGUGCUCUCGAGCCUUCGGCCAUGGUAUCAGACGCUUGUGUAUCCUACGGCUCCAUCGACGGUAUUAAUGACAUGAUUUCCACAACCCUCAACUCUAUCACGCAAGACACGGACUUCUUCUCAUAUUAUCGCCUCAACCUCUUCAAUAAAGAAUGUCCCUUCUGGAAUGAUGCAAACAGCAUGUGUGGCAAUAUUGCAUGCUCUGUAAACACUAUCGACUCGGAAGAAGAUAUCCCUCUCACGUGGCGCGCGGAGGAACUGAGCAAACUGGAAGGCCCGAAAGCAAACCACCCACCACGCAAGAUCCAAGCAGAACGUCCGAAAGAACGACCCUUACAAGGAGAGCUGGGAGAGGACGUCGGCGAAAGUUGUGUGGUGGAAUAUGACGACGAGUGUGACGACCGCGACUACUGUGUUCCGGAGGACGAGGGUUCCGCCGGGAAGGGCGACUACGUGAGCUUGGUGGACAACCCGGAACGGUUCACGGGAUACUCGGGUGAAGGCGCACACCAGGUGUGGAAUGCAAUCUACAACGAGAACUGCUUCCUCAAGCCCAUCGAGGAAUUGGAAGAACGAACGCUCAACGUCCCCAUGGGUGGCCUCCAGGCAGCCUCGGAUUUCCGCAAUGUGCUCCAGAAGGAGUCGCAGCGCCUGGAAGGUCUGCCGCUAGACAAUGAGUGCUUGGAAAAGCGGGUCUUCCACCGACUUAUCAGUGGCAUGCAUGCUUCCAUUUCGACUCAUCUAUGCUGGGAUUACCUCAACCAAACGACUGGCCAAUGGCACCCCAAUGUGCAAUGCUACAAGGACCGCCUCCACGACCACCCCGAGCGCAUUUCCAACAUGUACUUCAACUACGCAUUGGUAUCGCGCGCCGUGGCGAAACUUCGUAAACACCUCGAGGGCUACACUUUUUGUACCAGCGAUCCCGCACAGGACCUCAAGACCAAGGAGCGCGUCAACAAGCUGACAAGCACGCUAUCGACCAUCCCGCAAAUCUUCGACGAGAACAUUAUGUUCCAAGACCCCGGCGCCCUCGGUCUCAAGGAGGACUUCCGCAAUCGCUUCCGUAACGUCAGCAGACUGAUGGACUGCGUCGGCUGCGAUAAAUGCCGCCUGUGGGGUAAGCUCCAGGUCAAGGGAUACGGAACCGCAUUGAAGGUGCUCUUCGAGUACGACGAGACCAAGAACGGCGAGAACCCUACCCUGCACCGCACCGAGCUGGUUGCCCUCAUCAACACGCUUGGCCGGAUCUCCCACAGUCUAGCUGCCGCGCGUAGCAUGCAGCGAGCCCUUAUCACCGGUAACACACAUAUGUUCCCCGUCCACGGCGCUAUCCCUUCCGGUCACCAAAUAAAUGCCCAUGGGGACAAGCCUAAAGGCCGCUUACUUCAAGACGGCGUUGGAAACUACUACUACGAAAACGAAAACGAAGAGGAUUACGUAUACGGCCGGGAAGCACCACCACGCUACCCCUGGGAGCGACCACCACCCAACCCAGACGCGGGCAUCAUUGAAGAUUUCAUGGUCGAAUGGAACAUGAUCUGGGGGACGGUCGGGUACAUCUUCCAGACCUGGAUAGAUCUCCCGCGGACAUUAUUCCAACUCGGAGCCAUUGAAUCCAUGCGUCUUUACAAUUACUGGCUGGGUCUGCCUGUGCCUCCGCGGCCAUGGAAGCUGAAGGCUCCUGAACCUCGCGAACAUACUAAGCGCCGGGCUUAUGAGCAGGCUCAGGCUCAGGCUCAUCGUGAUGAGCUCUGA